AUGGAUGAAAGAGAAGACAAAAAAGAUAUCUGUCGGUUUUUUAAUGUAAACCAAUUUACUAAAACAGAGGAAAAGGAAAGCAAUGCGGAAACAAUUCAAGAGCUAACAAGCAAUCAUACUACUAAAACAGCCGUUGAUGAAUCUUCAGUCAUCCGUAAUACUGUACAGCGUGUUUAUAGUAUUAUCAAUUCAGGUAAGCAUUUGCUAUUGAGUCUAAUCAUUAUCAGAGAUUGUUAUUUUAAACCAGUAUUGGAAGAUGAGACACAAGUCAUGAUCGGAAUUGUACAACAGAUCGUCGAGGAAGUCGGCAUAGAAAUAGCAAGAAAAGUGCUUGAAAAAACGUACAUAAAAUGGAAUCAUAUUUUACCGUCUAAAAAAUCGAUGAUCGGAGCUGGUUGGUUUUACUCUGGCAAGAAGGAUUUGGUUAUAUGUAUCUAUUGUGGUAUGACACACUCUAACUGGAAGCCAGAGAAUAAUCCACUCAAAAUUCAUCAAUCACUAUCCCCAAAUUGUUUGUAUAUUACAUUUAAAUCUAAAGAAUUCGGUACACAAAGCAAUAUUCAAAUACUCAACUCCAAUGCUGCGUCAUCUGCAUCGAAAGCUCAUAGAAAUGUAUCAAGAAUGUACUGUUGUUCGGAAUAUGCAGAAGUAUUAAAGCGACAAAAAUCGUUUCAAAAGUGGCCAAAUGAACCGAUAUCAGACGUUGAACAGGUUGCUAAAGCUGGAUUCUACUUCACUGGAACUGACAAAACAAUUCAGUGCUUUUGUUGUGGUGGCUUUUUACUUGAUUUUGAGUCAACCGAUAAUCCAAUAGCUAGACAUAUAGAGAAUUUUCCGUAUUGCGAAUACAUGAAACAUUUGACUAAAAAAGAAAAAUGUGCGUUCGAUAAUGAUGAUUGUUUUCGUCCAAGACAAGUUACAGAACUUAAAAGCAAAGGUUAUUCACUAGAUGGAGGCGCUUGA